GAAAAAAAAGCAGCUAGGCAGGUAGCUAAGAAGCUAAGCUAAGGGCUCAGUGAAAAUGGUGUCCGUCAGCUUCAAGAUCCAUGGAGCCGUUGCUGCUCUCCUCCUGGGCUCCCUCCUCCUCUGUUCCGGUGCGUCCAUGGACGAGCCGGCUGCCUACAAGCACGUCGCUCCAGCUCCGGCGCCGGCGCCGAUCCAGCCGGUGAUCAUCGUCCAGGGUCUCAUCUACUGCAAGUCCUGCAACCUCCGCGGCUACAACGCCGGCAUGGACGCCUCGCCUCUCGCCAACGCGACGGCGAAGCUGGUGUGCUACGGGAGCAAGGGCGGGUACAGGGUGCUGAACAUGACGAGCACGGCGACGGACGAGAGCGGCUACUUCCUGGUGAUGGUGUACGACCUGUCCAUGUUCAGCCGGCGCAGCUGCCGGGUGUACCUCCGCACCUCGCCCACGCCGCUCUGCGACGCGCCCUUCCUCCCGGCCGACGCCUCGCUGGGGAUCGUCCUCAAGAGGGAGGAGGUGAGGCCGUCGUCGCCGGCGGGCGUGCGCGGCGUCUACAGCGCCAGGACCGCGCUCAUGUACGCGCCGCGCAAGGGCGGCAAGUGCCCCGCCUACAACUACUGAGGAGUGAGGACGGACACGCACACGCCCGCACCUGAUGAGAUGGGCAAGUGUUGUGGGUCGCCGUGGUAUGGUAUGACCACGAACGUAGUCGGGGACUCGGAGACAAUAAUAAGCCGAGAUUGUUGUCGCGUAGGUUUGGGUCGUUUUAGUUGGUUUGGGUCUAGUUUGUAAUCCAUCGAGUACUUGUUGUGGUUUGAAUUUGAAGUUGUUUCCAUGUUGAUCCGUAGAAUGAAUGAGUG